AUGCAAAACAUUGUGAACACCCUCCUAGACACCGCAAGGCGAAGUUCUGAUGAAGUCUACAUUGGUUAUGACGUGGACACAACAUCGAACUACAGACUCAGACGGCUUUCUGGACAAAUCCAAACAUAUGAACAUUUCUACGCCAAAAAUCUCAACCAUGCAGACUGGCACUGUGUUUAUCUAUAUCUGGGCUAUUGGUAUCCAGGGAAAUGUGAUGUUCCCCGUUAUUUUCUAUGUAGUACCAUCCCAAAUCAAGCCCCUUCUGUUGCUAUGACGACGGAGAAAGCGAUAACCUCCGCCAUUGCUGCCAUGACAACAGAUACUAUCUCCUCCACACUACAAUCGUGUACGUGCCCAGUUGUACAACAUACGCCUACCAUCAGCUCCCCAGAAGAAGUGAACGCGAAAAUCGCAGAAAUUAAGAAGGAGUUAGAGGUAGAAAAAUCCUCACUGUCUUCGACCAUCCGUAGAAAAACAUCAGCAGACGAUUCACGACCUUCCGCCAAAACUUUCGGUUCCAUCGGAGUAAUCAUUAUUAUUCUCUUCCUUGGAGGAAUAUUUGCUUUGGAUUUUCCGUUUCUUGUCAUUGAACUAAAAAGAUUUGGAACAAAUUUGUUAAUAAUUGAAAAUAGAUUGUUUACCCAAUAG